ACACGACGAUCUAUUUUAAUGACUCUGGUACAGGCAUGUAUCCAGCAAAGUUAUUUUUACACGAAAGGUAACAGAGAAGUGAAAGAAACUCGAACAGGAAUCGGUAAGCAUAAAAAAUAUUUAUUUCGAAAUCAGUAGGUAUCUGAAUUUCACAAUCAAGUUCACAAUCGGACUGAACAGAAUUGGUGUAUCCUAAAAUGCCGGUUCCAAUUAUGGCGCCUGGUAUUAGCUUCAUUUUUAAUUUCCUGAUGUCUGAAUCAGCAUUUAUAUGUUAUAAGUUUCUUUGAUUUGUAUCUGAAACCAUAGACUUAUUUUCUAUCAAACAGGUUUUCUAUGAACCGAAGUUCGGAUCUAUCAAAGAAUUACUUUGCAAACCACGAUCUAAAUGUCGACACCAGAGCUACAAUUUCGUGACAAUUACCGAAGGAAGGUCCCUUAUGGGAUAAGAUUUAUACAAUGGAUUGGACGAGAACGUACACAAGCGUAAGAUCAGAUAAAUUUUUGUUUUAUCGACGUCUCUUUGUUGUGGUGGAUGUGAUGUGUAGCAAUAUCAACCAACAAAUACUAUUUUUAUCGUGUGAUACUGUUCAUUUACUGCAUUCCAUCUUUUCUCCAGCUAUCGUGGAUGGGUCCUCAUACUGACGUUCUUUGCUUACACUUCGUAUCAUCUUUCAAGGAAACCUAUCAGUGUUGUAAAGGUGAGAAAAUAGCAUUAACCAUUUCAUGAUUUUAUUUUCAAAUCGGGACAAUAGCGUAAUAAUAAUUAUAACUCUUGUUUUUCUUGAAAUUGAACUUCCCCAAAAAAUCUCAAAAAUUCAGCACUAUGCAUAGAAACAUUUCUUACAGACGUUUGUUAUAUAUAUACAUAUAUGGCUUUAAAUUUUUGUUUUUCCUUAUCCACCACCUCGUAAGCUUUUAGGCUUAGGUUGAAUCUUGUUUGAAUAAAGGUUUAUAAAUCUGUCUAUCUGGUAGAUUUCUGGUAACAAUAGGUUGUUUAUGAAAAUAAUGUUGUUUAACGAAACACCGCUGUGGAUUUUAGACCCUGAUGUUGGGGCAGUGGGAGGGGAGGGUAGGCUAAACACUCAUUAUUUUGAGGCAGCUGAAGGACCCUAAACUAAAGCUCACUUGAAAAGGUGAGUUCACUUAAAUAGAGUCAAACUUUUGGGCUUUUGAUCAGUAAUAUGGACUUCAGAUGCUUUACACCACUGAGCUGUGAGAGACUAAUGCUAAAUUUAGCAGUGUUUAUUCAUUCUGUUGAAACCUGUGUCACUUACUAAAUAAACACCAUUUUUUCCAUCACUAAUCUUACCACACAGUGUGUUCAGUUUCUUUUUGGGAGAGAAAAAAACUGAAAUUGAACUGAGGUUUCUCUGAGAAUUGUGUGGGAUACUGAAAUAUUUCUGAAGCAUUUGUUCAAAAAUUUCGUUUUGCAUUGCAUGUGGUAAUUUCAAUUUGACACCUUUGCACAUGUCUAUUUUGGUACAAUUCCAAAAGUUGGGAUUAAUUUGCAUAACAACUCUCCUAGACUAAUUUUCAGCCUUUUCCAGAAAAUGAAAACACAUACAAACUUGUCCUAUGAUACAUAGCAGCCUAGUGCAUUUUUUAUGAAUUUUUUUGAUAAUGAAAUAUUGUCUACGAUAUUUUAAGUAAUUUUACUGCAGUGUGUAAAGUCAAUAGUGAAAAAAUUAAUAUUGGUAGUAUUGUGUGUUUCAUGUCUGUGUAUAAAACUAGUCCUUGUGCUGAGGAGAAGUUGUGAUAGAGGUGCCAUGAAGAAGAAAAAAAUUGAAGGUGUUAGUGAAUUGUAAAUACAGAUUUUUUUAAAUUUGCAAAAAAGUGAUAUUUUGAUAUGGUGAUUGCAAUCUACUAAUACAUGUAGGAAUGGGGUCACCAAACUUGUUUUUGAGUCUCAGGGUCUGUUUACAUGGAGGUGGGGGAUCCCAGGUGGGUGAGGUAACCCACCAAGGUGGGGUAACCUGCCUUUCCAUGUAUAAUCUCUUGUUUUAUCUUGACCACAUUUACAUGAUAGGUGGGGUAACCUGUCAAGGCAGGUUGCCUGGUCUGCUAGGUGGGGUAACCCUGUCAGCAAGGGUGACAGUUUGUCAUGUAAACGUCUUAAGGGGGGUAACCCACUUAGCCGGGGUCGCGUUCAUGGCAAAAAGCUCAAAAGCUAAACACGUAUGUUUUAAAAAUUUGUACAUUUCCUAGCCGUCUCAUUGCAGAAAUCAAUAGAAACUGCAAUGGACACACAAGGAGUGUAAAAUGUUCACAUUUCGGAAUAUUUAGUGUUGUAAAUCGGCCAUAUUUCGUUUCCCAAUCCAUUUCUUAUAACAUAUUAAGUCUACAAUUCCUUGCGUAACCUGACACUGCUUAACACAAUGUGUGACGCUUUCAUGAAUAAAUACAUAGUUUACAUGUCCGAGAAUUAAUCUCUCCUCUUUCUCGAGAUUUGAGCUUGGGAUGCCUGCACUUAAACUCCCUAAUUGCAAGCGCAACAUCAACCUUACGAAACCUCACCCCAGCACCCCGGGGUUGUAAGAUUGCAUGUAAAUGCAUUUUAUUUUUGUACCAUGGCUAGGCGGGUUACCUCACCUACCUGGUGUCCCCCACCUCCAUGUAAACAGGCCCUAAGGCAGAUAAACAAAAACACUAAGGUGUGCAAGUAAUUUAAUACUGAGUUUUUAUCUGCUUUUGUUCAUUUUAGGGCACAUUGAAACCAAAUUGUUCAAAAAUAAGUGCAAGUUGCCACGGCUGGAAACCAUUUGGUAAUAAGUGGAAAGAUUUUUUAUAGUAAAACUUUAAGUUGUUUUUAAAACAUGCCAAUAACUCCCUAAAUGUGUUGUAUAUCAUAGAUAUCAUAUGACUGCAUCUGACUCAUGUGGUUUUGUUGUCCAUGAUCAUUAGAUUCACCAGACACUGGUGAUGAGCUUCUUGGAGCAUUGGACUUGGCAUUUCUUUUUUCCUAUGCUGUUGGCAUGUUUUUCAGGUACAUAUAAAAUAUGAAUUUUAACUACAGUAUCAGUGGAACAGACACAUUUUUGAGCACUGUUAAAAGUGCAUAUUGGUUAAAUAUUCAGAUGAUGUCACUUCACAACUCUUGCUUAACCCUUUAACUCCCAAAUCAAAUUUGUAACUCUCCUUACUGUCAAUGAUACAAUUGUUAUAAUGUUAGUUCAGAGAAUUUGGUAUUCAAUCAACUUAUUAUCCCUAAAUUUAUAUUUUUCUUUGUUCUCGUCACUUAUCUGCUUGAUAUUAUAUUGAUACUGUAAGGAGAAAUUCUGUCUUGGUCACCCAUGGGAGUUGAAGGGUUAAUCAUAGAUCCUGAUUGUAAUCAUUACCCUUUGAUUUUUAAGAGUGACUAGCAUCUAAUUUCUCCUUGAAAUAUCACCCCUGAAUCAAACACUAAGAACUCAUGAAUAAAGGAAAUGAUCACCAACUAAAGAUGCUCUUGAUUGUCAAACAAAUUCUUAUUGAUAGCAUCCUAGGAACUUAUAAAGACCAGUAUGGAGAGUGCACAGACAAAUGUUAUGAAAUUUUCUUUCUUUUUUCUUUUGAUGGUAGUGGUUUUGUUGCGGAGCACAUGGACCUGCGGCAUUUUCUUACAAUAGGGAUGUUAUCCAGUGGUCUUUUUACAGCAUUAUUUGGCAUGGGAUAUUUUUGGAAACUUCACUAUUUUGCAUAUUUCUUCACCAUCCAGGUAUAUACUAUGAUGUGUGUAUAUAUAUAUAUGUACAUACAAGAUAGACUCUACCCCUACAUUCAUUUAUAUAUAUAUAUAUAUAUUUUUUUUUUUUCCAAAUACAGUUUGGUUGAAGGGGAAAAUAGAAUUUACUAAGAAUAGUUUCUUUCUACUCCUUUCUGAAACACCACUAUAAUAUUUAAUCUGUCUAAGGAAAAGUCUUUUGUUUUUAAUAUUUGAGGUUGCAUUUCACAUUCAUUGUAGAGAACUUGUGCAGCCAAAGAUAAAUGCAUGCAAAAAUAAAAUUUCAAAUCAAGCCAUAUUCUGAUAUUGUUUUCCAUUCAACUUCUUCAUUUGAUACAGUACUAUCAAGAUGAACGUAAAUAUGUUUUUCAGCUAAAUCAUGCCACAUAUUCAUGCAGGUGUCUAGUUUAACUUUGCUAUUUCUCUUUAUCAGAUUUUUUCAGGAUUUUUUCAGGUAUGGAUUCUAAUUAAUGUACAUAUUAUGUGAAACCCCUACUUGGUCUGUCCUGAGCCUCUUAACUCCAAGUUUUGAUGAAAAUAUAACCUCUCUCCAUACUGCCAUAGUUUUAUCCAGAAAUCUGAGGCAACAGAAAUCAAUUAAUUUAUCGGAUGGCAUAUAGCACCAGUUUAAUUGUACUGACUGAUUUGCCACUAAAUAUAUACAACAUUAACUGGGAAAAAUGGCAAAUCAAUGUUUGAAAAAUUACACAUAGGUUUCAUCUCUGUACAAUUUCAUUGGCAGGAGAAAAUUGAGACUCACAUUGUAUGUAGGCUGGUGUCCAAUAACCACAUUUUUUCAAAUAGUUUAAAAGGAGAGGUACAGUCAACAAAUUCAUAUGCUAUUUAUCUGUGCCAGUAACUUAAGAUGGUAUUAAAAUCUACUACCUACCAGGAUUUGAGGUUCCAAAAAUUUGCACUUAUUAGCCUGUGAAAAAUUGUCAUCAAAGGUGCUCAAAACUUGACUUGAUAAGCCACACCUUUGAAAGAUGUUUCAGACUUCAAACCAAAUGAUAUAAACUUUGGAAAACAUAUGGUGUGCUGUACUUAAACCGAAGUUCUGUAUCAUUUCAUAAUUUUGUUUGUUUGUAUCUUUGUUUCUAGAGUUCUGGCUGGCCCAGUGUAGUAGAAUGUGUUGGAAAUUGGUUUGGAAAAGGAAGGUAAGGGAAUUUUUUUUCAAUUCUAGGACAUGCAUGUACAGAUUUGGUUCUGGUCAGCAUUAAUGGAUUUUUUGUAUUUCUUCCAACUGGUAACCUGAGGAAAUAGCUAAAAAAGGUUGCAGUUUACUCUAUAUGCUGCAUGGUGUAGUUUACUCACAUGACUCUGAACAGUUCUUGAAUGUGAUACAUGUUUAACUGUCACUCUUGUUCAGUCCACUGCUAAUUGAGUAAAAGAAAACAUUUUAGCCAAUUCAGUUAGAGUGACAUGUGAGGGUCACUUGUGUAGAAUUUUGAGAUGGUUGGCUGUCAUGUGAAAAGAAAUUGCAUUAUUUCAUGUCCUUGCGAUUUGACUGCUGUCGUUAAAGUGAUCCAUAAUUGUGCUCUUUCCACUUGUCACUAACCAGGGCGUGAAAUUAAUUUUUUUUUCUGAUAGCCACUUGGCUCCUUAAUUCAUCAAAGUGGUAGCCAAUUCAAAAAACGUUGGUUGCCAUUUUGAAAAACAAACAAAAUCUUUUUUUUUUAUGCUGUCAUCAAUCUAAAAAUUAAGUUAGGGAAAAGAUCUUUAAUGUGCUACAAAGGGGACACUAGGAUGGAUGAUAUGCAAUGUUUAAGCUCACCUAAAUCCAAGAUGGCAUCUAGUUAUCGAUUGAGAUGCAUCUGCUGCGUUUUGGAAACAAACUUAACGAGGAAGUUUGCCGCGGAUUUGUUUUUGCAAAUUUUUUUAAUUCACUAUAUCUCUAGGUAAGGUUAUGAUGAAACAUUCUAGUCGCCAAUUUGGCGACUAAUUUUCAGGAUUUGGUCGCCAAAGUGAAAAAUUUAGUCGCAUUGGCACCUGUAUUAGGCGCAAUUUCACGCUCUGCUAACAUGUGAGUGAUGUUUGGUUCAAGAGCCAAAUGAUAAGAUAGUGUGGUGUUCCAUAUGAGAACCACUCCUAAAACAAGAAAAGGGAUUUGGGAUAAAAAGGAAGGGACAAAGUAUGAAAAGUAAAUAAUUCUUGAAGAGAUACAGAGUUAAGGUAGCACUGUACCUUUAUUUUCAUUUCUUAUGCAAAAUUUCUUCAUUUUAGAGUAAUCAUUUCUUAUUAAUAAACAACAAUUUUAUUAGCAAUUUGUCCAACUGCAUUUGUCCACUUUCUUGUAGGCGUGGUUUGAUAAUGGGAAUAUGGAAUUCCCACACAUCUGUAGGAAAUAUUCUUGGGUCUGCUAUAGCUGGUAUAUGGGCAAGUGGUCAGUGGUAAGUUACAUCUUGCUAUGAUCUCUGAUUCUUUUGUUUUGAUGUUCAGUUGAGAUUGAGAUUGUCAUUUUACUGUAACAGACUCCAUCAUUAUCCAUCUCUACUGCAAUUAAAAUUGUUAUUUCUGAAUAUUCAAUUUUUUUUACAGGGGCUAUUCAUUUAUUGUGCCUGGCUGCAUUAUAGCUGGAAUGGCCAUCUUUGUAUUUCUUUUCCUUGUUGUUGGUAAGUGAAUAUUUGUCCUAUACCUGAUAUGUGAUAUGCAUCUCCAGUGAAUUUUGUGGGCUUGCGAUGAGCUGUCUCAGGUUAAAUUUGGACACAUAAUUACCUGAUUGAAAAAACAUUAAAAAAGUGUCGAAUGAGCUGUAGUCAACUUAAACUUUCCACUUGUUUUUUGUAUUAGUCACCAGAAAAUAUGGUACAGUAUUGUAUUGUAAAGUACAGUGUAAUGAUGUAUAGCAAUGUGAAAAAAUUGAUUCAGACAUUAAUUUAAACAUCAGAUCCCAGCCAUGUAGGCUGCCAACCUCCUCAACAACACACUGAGGUAAGUUUGCAACUUGCUUCUUUUAUUACCUUAAUCUUAGACUCAAUUUAUUUAGGAACCUUAAAUAGGAAGUUAUAAAUUGGAGAAUGAAACAAGAACCAUUUCUUUUCAGCUGGUAUGCUCUGCACUUGAGGGUUGUAGGACCCCUUUAGAGUUAUUUUAAAAUAGCAGCAUUGUUUAUUUUCUAAAUGUUCAUACAGUUUGUGUUAAUUACUGUACUAAUCAUUUGAGCAAGACUGAGGCUAAACAUGACCUUGUUACAGUAGAAACCCUUGCCUCUACUCUUAGAAAAAGGCUUGGUAGCCAGGCACACAACUUUAAAAUGGGUUUUUUACUUUUAUUAUUCAUCUUUGUAAUAAUAUCCACUGGAUUAUCUUAUCAUUAUUUUUAACCCAAAUGGGUUUUUUAACUCCCUGCAUGAAGUUUGUUCACUUUGUCUUCUUUGAUAUUUAAAGAAUAAUAUUGUGAUUGAAAUCUGUUUAUAGCCUCUGCCUAAUGAUUCAUCUGUCAGCACAGAAGUUGUUACAGACUCUCAAGAGGUGAGAUAACUUGUCUGGAUCAGUUAAAAAUGAAUGAAUAAAUAAGUAGUUAUUAACUAGGCACAGUAAGUAUAUGAGUCAUUUUGUUUCAGCUGAUAACACCAAUUAACAAAUCCUGGAUUUGUGAAAAAUUUUGGUGAUAAGUUGGCAAAUCUUUGUCAUGGAAUUUUGUCAGAAGAAUUUAUAAGAAAAUCUCAAAAUGAAAGCUUUGUUUUGAUAUUUCUGUUUUAAACAUAUAGAGGGGCUAUUGUUGUGUUGAUUAUUUUCUAAGUUAUAUGGUAAACUAAUGGACAUGAAUAUGAAAAAUAGGACUAACUUGGUUGCUUCAAGAUUAACCCUCUUUAGUAUAAUUUCUCUGGUGAUUAUAGAGACUUGUACACUCUUAUUGGUUGAGGAUUACAUCAUAUUUUGCUAUAAUCACCUUGUGCAAAGUGAUUAUAGCAGGGGCACUAAAUUUCAAAAUGGUUCCCUUGCGUUUUGUCAAUGUUAUGCAGGAAGUGCUAAUUAAAUGCAAUGGGAGAAAAUACAAUUCUGAGGAGCACAAAUGAUGAUACUAAGUUAAGUGUCAAACCUUUCAAAAGAAAGCUGUGAAGUUGUGUAGACCGGAUUCAAUAAGACUGGAUUCAAUAAACCUGUUAAAUUCCAAUGGAAACUGGCUGUUUAUCUCGAUAUGACUGAGUAGUCAGAACAAUGAUAACAGAAUGGUUUCAGUGACAAACAAAUUUAUAACAGAAUUCAAAAGUAAGCAACUUUACUAAUUAAAAACAAUUAUUCACCUUAAGGGCAGUGAAUAUUUUUGAAUAAUCCCCUUAGGUCUUAGGGAUUAUUCAACAAUGCUCACUUCACUUUUGGUGAAUAAUUAUUAAAUAUCCUGACAUCAGUAUCCACAUUCUCCAUACUGUUGUCCAUACAUUUCCUAAGGUGCUGAGUUUGUGAUCAUUUCCUUUAUUCUCAUGACCUUAUUGUUCGAUUUAGUGGUGAUAUUGUGAGGAGAAAUUUGAUGCUAGUUACUCUCUGGGGUUUAAGGGUAACUAGGAGUGCAAAGAAUGCAUAAAUAGGAAUAUUUUAAGCAGUAAAUUACUAUCAUAAUCAUAAUGAAGAAUUAUUAGUUUUAUAUUAAGUUCUAAGAAUAUGCUAACGGAUUUUUUUAGGUGGUCAAACAAACGGAUGCUAAUGUAUUUCAAAUGGAUAUGCAAACUGUUCAAACGGUUUGUCGAACACUUUUAACAGAUUUUUUUAGACGUUCAAACGGAUGAUGAAUGGAUAAUGAACAGUUUAACUGUUCAAACUGAUAACUGUUAGUGUCCGUUUUGCCUUUCAUGGUCACAUAUUGACAUUUACUCUACAGAAGAGAGCUAUAUAUUACCAGUGCGUUAUGCAUUACAUAAAAUUAUCAUUGUUGUUUACAGGGUGAUGACGGAGAAAGACUUUUAAAAGAACCUUGUUCUUAUAGCCCUAAGCCCACUGAAGUGAAAACAAAUCUACAGGUGGGUACAAAUUUAUUUAUGUACGAAAGUGUUCCUUUCUUUCUCAGCCCAACUGUUCAGUAACGCGUUUAAGUACUUAUGUCUUAUUAUGUAUAAUUGUGCUUUCUAAGUGUCCAACAUGUAGCUAACAAUUUUUGGAUAUAAAUUUAAAUUCUGUGGCUGCUCAAAUUAGCCUUAAAUCUGACCAAGGAGACCAGAGAUGUGGAACAAGGUGACCCCUUUCUGUCUAAAUCAGCAUGCCCUAAGAAAGAAUAGUUGAAUAUGAUGUAACAAUACAGUUGUUCAUUAUCCUAAGUCAUAUAGGCUCUUUCUGUUUUUCAAUCCCUUCAGGAAAAUAACCAUCUGAAUAAAUAGGUUCUUUACAUUUAUUGCAAUAGGAAAAGUAAACCAAUCUUGUCGGGUUUCAGGCUCAAUUUUGUCAAAAAUUGAGUAUCCUGUAGCUGGCCAUUUAUUUUGUCAGUUGGUUCUUUUUUUACUUUCAGUCAGUUCAAGUUUCAAGUUAUUUUAAUUUUGUCUUUCAUUAAAUACAUUUUAGGUGCCAAGUGAGUCGCAUAUUUCAGCUUCAACUGUAGUGCCACCAUCACAUGGAGAGGCUAGUGCUGUCGGUUUUUGGAGAGCAGUUCUUAUUCCAGUGAGUCAAAUAUUUGAUUUCUGUAGUUAUUGCUUGUAUUUCUCUUUCACUCCACAGAUUGUUUUGGUAAUCAUUCUUUCAUUGCUUCACUGAAGUUAUUACUGUAUGUGUUACUUUAACUAAAUAUACACUUUGUUCUUGAUACACCUUCUUGUCGAGUAGUUUUAUGUGAGUAGUCAUUUAUUUUAAGUUAGAAAGCUCGUAAAGGAAGGAAAGAGUUUUUAAUCCUUUUAGUCCCCAAGUGUUUAGUAACUAUUUUCUCCUAUCAGUAUCAUCCCUAAAACAAAAAUUGAGGUCAUGAGAAUGAAGGAAAUGAUCACCAACUAAAGAAGCUAGCAGGAGAAAAGAAAUUGAACAUUAAACAUGAAGGAAUUUUGCAUAUUUGGGUUAUAGAUCACAGGUUCAUUUGUUUCAGUUAAGUUAGUCCUUUUUGGGUUGGAGAAUUAGUGGUGUAGAGUUUCAUUUCUGUUUCCCAAUCAAAUAUAAAUAUGUGUGCAUUGAUCUAGAGUUGUUUACAAAGUUUGGAAUGUAUGAGAGCAUCUACUGAAAGUUACGUUGUCAUUGUAUCAGUAGUUUACCCUCAUUCUCAUGGCAGCAGCACUUGUAGCUUUUGCAACUUCCCUUAACCAUUAAUCCAUGUGUCAGCAUUGGGCUCAUUGAGAUAUAAAACAUGCAGGAAGUUGGGAGAGAGUUAGAGAUGCAAAAUAGUUGCUUAGGGCUCAGCAGAGGGUAAAUCUAGCUUCUUGAGUGUUCUCCAAACUUCUAAAUGAACAAAUAACUGACUCAAGAAUCAACUGUUUCAUGACAUUUGCCACCUGGUAGUUCAAGUGAGAAAUCCCCUCUGUAACACUUAGAUGCAUACACACAUCAUCUGCCCUUACAGUGGCAAUAUGAAGGGUGCUCACUUAAUUGAGUGUGGCUGGACAAAUUUAACAGUUAUGGUAAAACUUAAAUUAACUGGAAAGGGCAAUGGUUUUUUUUUCUCCCUCAAGCUUAAAUUUAAAUGCUACAUAAGUAGAUUUGAAAAUUUAAUAACAAUUACAUGUAAGUGGAGUUGGAACCUGGAUUUAAAUGUCUGCAAAUUUCACUUUUCAGGGAGUGAUUGAAUACUCUCUUUGUUUGUUCUUUGCUAAACUCGUCAGUUACACGUUCCUGUUCUGGCUACCAUUUUAUAUUGAAAAUACAAGUAAGUAGUUGCAUAGUUUGUAAUUAACCUUGUACACAUUUUGUUAGGCCAUUACUUUUGGUUCAUGCAUAAGUUGAUUACUUAUUAGGAGUAAGGAUACCACAGCUAUUGUCAGCAUGUUUUAAUCAAACAACUGAUUUUCUUGGAUCAAGUCCACUAUUCUUCCUUUGAACCAAAAUUUCCGAUCAAUUUGAUUUAAAAUUUGGCAAAUGAUAUUUAUUCAUUUUUCUAAAUGUGUAAUGUACUCCAUAAUCAAAACAUACUAGGUAGAAUUAUUUAAAAAAAGAGAUUGGUUCGAUAAAGCCCAAAAAAUUAAGACUUAGGCAAGAUGAACCAAUGACACUGUAAUUCUUUAAGCAGUUGUUUAUACUUCUGAGGUAUGAAACCUGCAAUGCCGCCAUCAGCUCAGUUACAAGUUCAUCUGUUCCAGUUUUAUGGACAAUUCGAAUGUGUUUAUCAAAUGCCGUAUGCUUUAACUGUACUGGUGCAAAUGAAAUUUAGUUUGGAGAAUUAAGUACCGCUUUGCACUUUGUAUAAACUCGUACCCUAUGGAUGUUUUUUUUUUAAUUCAGUAUUUCUUUUUGUCUAGGUAUUGGUGGUAAACGGUAUGGUCCAACGACAUCUGCAGAUUUGUCAACUAUGUUCGAUGUUGGAGGAAUCAUAGGUAAGGCACUUAACAUAGCGUUUCAUAAAGGGGUAAUUAAGUAUAAUCAAAUUAGUUGAUAACGUAAAUUGGCCACCGUAAAGAGUUUCGAAGCUGACGUUUUGAACGUUAGCCCUUCGUCAGAGCCCUUUGCUCCGACGAAGGGCUAACGCUCGAAACGUCAGCUUUUACGGUGGCGGCCAAUUUACAUUAUCAACUCAGUUGAUAAUACCAAAUUACCUUGUUAUUCUCCCUCACCGACGCAGGACUACAGUUUCUUUAGAAAGCUACGCCCGUUUCAUGAAGGGCAGAUCCUUUCCAUGUUCGGAGCCACCACUGGAUUUAGUUUGCUUCUGAUUGGUUGAGAGAGUGGCGCGAGUUUUCAGGGCCAAUUACAGAGCGAGUUUUUCCGGGCCAAUUACAGAACGAGUUUUACCGGGUCAAUUAGAGAGCGAAGUAAAGCAACACCAAUGUAAUCCCGGGUUACUUUGGACACUCGAUUGACCUAACAGGUUUCAAUUAAUUCCUACUCGACUGUUGACUGUUCUCUUAUGUUGUAGGAGGUAUCUUAGCUGGAUUUGUCUCGGACAAAACAAAGUGCAGUGGAAUCACAGUUGUUGUCAUGUUGUUCCUCGCGGGGCCAAUGGUGAGUGUUUUGCUGAGUACAUGUUGAAAUUGGUUUGAUAUAAACAUGUAUUGGAAAUUCCCUUAUCCCAAAGCCAGGUUUUAAAUCUAAGGCAGUAUUGACAAAGGAUAAAGUACACAACCAAGGGAUAACUGGCUGCGACAAAUCUCUGUAAAAACCACUAUGAGUCCACAGGCUGUGACUACUUGAUGAUAACUGAGCAUGCUGUGACUUCUUUCAGUUAACGAGCCAUAAUUUAUUAUUUUUUAAAUUUUUUUUUCAGCUCUUUGUGUAUAGAUUUUUUGCCAAUGCAAACCUCAAAGUUAACAUUGGUAGGUAUUUUGAUAUCGAUGUUUUGUGCAUAUUGUAGACUGGUAUUGGAAAUAGUGCUUUCAAUGUUAUGUUGUUAACAAUUAAAGCUGCGCAAGAAAAAGAAAUCGUACAUGAGACCCAGCAAACUCGAUCUAACAGAAAAUUUAUAUAUUUAUUUACGCUAAAUCAAGGAUUAGCUUCUGAUUAGAAAAAUUAGCAAUCCGAAAAACCAACAGGUCAAUUAUCGAAAGUAAUAAACCAAUCACAAGCCGGAGAGAGCGAAGUAAAGUGAUUCUUGAUCAAACCCAUCUCUGAAGUUCUUGAACUUAAUGAGUUCAAUCGAUGUACCCAAUCUUGUCAUUGACUUUAAGCAAAGGUCUCCUCUGCAUUACGAUGUGCGCCGGGGAACGUGUACACAGAAAAUCGGUAAGAAUAUUUCCGUUUGCACUACAAUGGUCAGCGGCCAAAGAAACGUUUGAGUGCGUCCUUGGUCAUGCGCAAAAAUAAGUGUCCCAUCGCCGUUGGCGUUUCUGGUUGCAUCCCUCUGCGGAUAUGUGUGAACGAUUUGCCAACGGUAGAAAAAAAGAACGUUUAGUUUUGAAAUUUAUCAGUUUUGAAUUGAAGAGCGUUUUCAAAUUGGCUAAUUUCUUGGCGGACAUUUAAUUAGCGUAAAUGUCAGGCCGUAAAUACGGAAUGAAAGGUGCUUUUUGAAAUUUCUCCAGUGUAGUGUAGACGAGACGUUUGUGGUAAAACACUCCAUUGGCGCCUUAGCUUACUAUGAAUGUGUUUUUUACUGAUUGCAGCUCUGAUGAUACUCAGCGGCGUCCUAGUGAACGGUCCAUAUGCUUUAAUCACAACAGCGGUAUCAGCUAAUCUGGUAAGGUUGUAACAUCCAAUUCCUAUUAACGUGAUCGGAAUGGAAAAAAAAAAUUGAAGUCGUAAACAAUAAUAAGCAGAGGUCCUAACAUGUUCAUGAAUUUCUCCGUGAGAUGCAAAUCUUUUUCCUCCCGUCUCCAGUUGGGCUUCGUUUUGACGAAAAUGAGAAGGGUCUUCAAUUUUUCAUGACUAAAGACACGUUAUGUUUAAAAAAGUGGAGUCCGAAUCAUUAAUUAAACUUUCAUUUGUUUGUUUAAACCGCCCUUUAAACCCUUGAACUCCCAAGAUCUGAUCGUAAAUUCUCCACUCUAUCUGCUACAAAUUUCCUUUUAAAAUAGGAAGAGAUUUUGGUGUUAGAUCAGAAUAACUUCUUUCUGAUAAGCUUGAGUAUUUUUAUUACUUAUUUGUUGGAUAAUGUAGAGGUACUAUAGGAAGAGGUUACAUGGUAAUUACUUCUUGGAGUCAAAGGGUUAACACAAUGUCAUGUUUGCAGGGUACCCAUCCAUGUCUUCAAGGAAAUACAAAGGCCAUGGCUACCGUCACUGCAAUCAUAGAUGGCACAGGCUCCAUGGGUGAGGAUAACACACUGAAGAUUCUAUUAAAAGAUCUUAUAGAACCACAGUGCUAGAAAUUAUCUUCGUCUAAUUUGUAGUCUAGUUUUAAUGAAUGUAUUUCCGUUGGGUAAACACCUACAUUGUUUUCGACUGAAACUAAAACAGGAUCACCUGAAAAGGGAAAAUGAAUCAUUUGAGUCAAGUUUUGAAAAACUAAAAUUUCAUGUGUUGUGACGAAAGGCUCGCAUUAAACUUCGGCUCUUCAAAAUUUGCUGCGUCAUUUCAUUUUACCUUCUUUACUUCAUUUGAUGAAAGGCUCUUUAAACCCUUUACUACCUAACGUCAGAAUGCAUAUUCUCCAUACUGUUCUGUAUACAUUUCCUUUGGUACCUACAAGUACCAUUUGUCUAACAAUCUAGAGUUUUUUGAGUUUGUGAUCAUUUCCUGUUUUCUCAAGACCUUGUUUGAUUCGAGAGAAUUUAGAUGCCAGGUACUCCUACACUUGCUUUCCGCCACAGCCUUAUAGACAAUGACUGAUUUCUUUUAACCUUUUUAAUCCCUGAGAGUGAUCAGCAUCUAAUUUCUCCUAUCAAUAUCACCCAAGAAUCAAACAUCAGGUCAUGAGAAUAAAGGAAACGAUAAUUAACCAAAGAACCUCUUGAUUGUGAAACAAAUUCUCCUUGCAAGCACAUCAGAAAAUGUAUAGAGACCAGAAUGGAGAAUAUGCCCACUGAUGAUAUGGUGUAAAGGGUUUAUCCUCUUAUGUACUCUUUUUUUGUAGGAAGAAUAAUCUUCUUACCAUUUCAUACAAGUCGUCUCUAACGUUACCUUUCCUCAUGCUAGGUGCUGCCCUCGGACCGCUUUUAACGGGAAUCAUCUCGCCAACGGUAAGUAAAUAAUUUCUGUUAAAUGGAAUAAAUAAGCAAACUAUUAAUAAAAAUAUACUUUUAUCGCCAACGGUAUGUUAUCAAAUGCUUUUUAUUGUAGAAAUUCUCCUCGAAUCAUAAGACUCAUAAUUCCUACUUAAAAAGGCCAAUUUAAACUUUUAGCUCUUGAGUUACCGUGUAUCGAUAAGAACUUAGGUAGAAAUUUCACGCCUGGAAGAUCUUGAAAAAAUUCUGGAAAAGUCAUCGUUUUCAACUAGUGCGAAUCUUUGCCAUGCCUAAUGAUGCCUUCUGUUCAUUCGUCCUUAUUUUAGCAUUUCUCUGCCCUAUCAAACUAUUAAUACAGGGAUCUCCCUUUAAUUUGCGCAGUUUUCAACGACUCAGUAGCACUCAAAAUAUAUCGACAUAGGUGUUUAGAGGAAAAAAAGUUUCUUAUUGAGAAAAGAAAGUCUACUAAUGGUAAACAUUCCUUAUGAUAAAGUUUAUAUUGUUAUAUUUCUACCAGGGCUGGAACAAUGUAUUUUACAUGCUGAUUUCCGCCGACAUUUUUGCCGCCAUUGUAAGUAUAUAUAAAUUUUUUUUUCGAAAACAGAGGAAAAACCCACUGCACUCAUCCACUUCCUCGUAUACGUGAACAAAUCGCGCAGUUUUGAACAUAUGGUGGUGUUAGAUAAAAACUUCUUUCUUAUCAGCUGGCCAAUUCGCGUAAAAGCUGGGCAAAGAUCUGCCUUCAUUUAAUCUUCAACCUAAAUUUGCGAGUCCUUCGUAGCUUUUGCAAUAAUUGUCUGUGUUAAGAAUCAGUAUACUUCAACCAGUUUACCCCAAUCUUCAUCAGUUCUAUCUCGACAAUUAGUUUAAAACAUGAAAACGCGUGCAAUAAAAAAAAAAACAAACAAACAAAUGAGAGCAAUUGUGUGAUUUAAAACUGAUAUUUCCUUUUAUUUUCACUCUUAGCUCCUCAGCAGACAAGUAUGGUUUGAAAUAAGUCAGAACUGUUUCAGGCGCAGGUGAGUAACAUUUAAAAUGACAAAAAUACAUACAUUUUUGCCUUCUAUACGGGUAUUAUGGCAAAAAAACCGAACUUAGUUAACGUUGUUGAAUUUUUUGUUUUCACUCCACAGAGAGCGAGUUCGCCUAGCGUAUUUGGAGUCUGGCCAUACCAGUUUGAGAAAUGGUACUACGUAUGAACCUCACGAACGACGUAGCGAAGCGGAGCCACUUCUGCACAGCAGCUAACACAUACUAAUAGAAAUGGAUAAAUGACUCGGAAGUCAAAGAAUUUUUUCACGCAGGUUACUGGUGUCUGGCUUAAAUUUUUACUUUAGAGUUGAAGUACCGACGCGAGCCGACGCAGUUGACAACAAAUCACCAGCCAAUCAGAACCCGGCUUUGACGGUCACGAGCGGGAAAAGAGAGUUCUACGAUCUUCCAUAAUCUUAAAAUACUUGUUCUUUAAUCUAGCCAACGAUUAACAUUGUUGUUAAAAUCCAAGCGCCUACUUGAAUGAAGAAAUCAUCUUUCUCCUUAAUUGCAGAGUUAAUAAAUUUGUCUUUGAAGAAAUGAAGGACAAGGCAAACGAAUAUAUACAUCAAAUACGAAUGAAAUAUUUGGGUAGUUUUCUAUAAAUUUUAAGAAGUAUUUCAAUCAUAAUUUACUCAAAAUGAAUGCGAUAAGUGUAAAUAGGAAAUCCAGAUAAUUUUAUACUUAAUAUUCAUUCUCUUGUAUCGCCAUAUCCUUAGAGUGGUGUCGUGUUACAAUGAAACUGGAUAUUUUCUAGAUAGGUAGUAGCCACUUGAGGAGACUACAGGUCUUUUGGGUAUUUUUAUUUUAAAAAGUGGCUGAGAACAUUCA